AAACGUUGUACCAUUGACUCAUUGUUCAUUGUUGGUCUUGUUCCUAGACCUGGGCGGUGCCCAUUCUAAGCAGUAGCUCUGAUCAAAUUCGGCCUUUACGAGAUCUUCAUUAUAUUCUUUUAACUCUUUAAUUUUCUAAUUUCGUAAAUCUUAAUACUAAUCAGGGAGAAGGGUUAAAUUCGCUUCUUUCCUCUUUCAAAUUGAGCAACUUCUCCCUUUAUUAAAUUAUUUGUCCAUUAUUUAUAUACCCCGCCAUUAGGACAUGUUCUCUUUCUUGUCAUUGAUCGCGCAAUUAAGGAGCUUCAACACAAGAGUAAUUUUAAACGAUAAUCAAAAGUUGAGUAAAUUUGGACUUCUUUUUCUCGCAUAAUUUGGACUUAUAGCCACCACCCAUUUCACAUCGGAAGCCCGCUAAUGGUAAAGGGAAAUAGGAGGUGAUUUGCUAACAUCAAGGUUAUGAAUGGACCAAAAUUUUACAGACAUUUUCCCUACUAAUAACUUUUGUAAAUGCUAAAUUCUAUUGUUUCCAUAAAAUCAUUGUAAAAAUGGCUGAGCGUCACUAAUAUUUUGGUGACAUGGCCCUUUCUUGACAUCUUUAAUUAUUGUGCAAAUGGCAGUUUCAAUGCAACAUUAGUGCUGGAAAGCCUUCGAGGGAAGAGGAUGUUAUUCGUUGGCGAUUCCUUGAACAGAGGACAAUUUGUUUCCAUGGUUUGCCUUCUCCAAAGAAUUAUUCCCCAGAAUGCCAAAUCCAUGGAAACUUUUGGUUCCCUCACUGUUUUCACUGCAAAGGAUUACAAUGCAAAAAUUGAGUAUUACUGGGCACCAUUUCUGCUAGAAUCAAAUGCCGAUGAUGCAGUCAUACAUAGGAUUACUGAUAGAAUUGUCCGUAAAGGUUCAAUAAAUAAGCACGGUAAAAAUUGGAAAGGGGCUGACAUAAUUGUGUUCAACACUUAUCUUUGGUGGAUGACCGGCAUGCCAUUCAAGAUUUUGCAAAACGGGUCUUUCAAGGAUGAUGUGAAAGAUAUGAUACAAGUGUCCACAGAGGAUGCAUAUCGCUUGGCAAUGAAGAGUAUGUUGAGAUGGGUGAAGAGGAAUAUGGAUCCAAAGAAAAACAGAGUAUUUUUCACUAGCAUGUCACCUUCUCAUCAUAAGUGAGUAAAUCUUACAUGUAUAUUACUUAGGUUCUAUUCCUUCCGCUUAUACUACCACCGUCUCCUUAGUAAUGGACCCAUAAAUUUUAGAAUCACGGGUGCUCAUAUGCUUUUAGAAUCAGUGACAGACCCACUAGUAAUAUUUGUAUGUAUUACUAGUUUCCUCUAGAAUAAAUAGUGUUUGGGUCCAAAAUUAAUUGGGGCUUGAGCACCUAGAAGUGGCAACGUAUAAAGAUCUGCCAUUGUCUCCCCCAAAGGUCCGGCCCUUUCCCGGAGCUUAGUGCACCGGGCUGUCCUUAUUGUCCCCCCAAAAUAAAUGUACAAAAAAAAAAGUUUCCAUGU